AUGCCCGAAACAAUCAUCAUCUCCAGCUCCUCCCAAGGCAGCCAAACAACCCUCAAACCCACCACCAUAUUCACGGGCGAAGUUUAUUUCGACACGCUUCAUACGGAUGAAACCACCUCCAUGGCCAAUGUGACUUUCACUCCCUGUGCGCGGACACAUUGGCACACCCACCCAGGAGGGCAAUUUCUGAAGGUUGUGGCCGGGUCCGGUUGGAUCUGCGAUAAGGGUAGUGAGCCACGUCGCAUCAAGAUGGGAGACCUGAUCUGGGCUCCCCCGGGAACGACUCACUGGCAUGGUGCUGAUGAUGGGAGUAUCAUGACGCAUUUUGUUGUGGGGUUGGGGAAGACUAUUUGGCUUGAUCCGGUUACUGAUGAGGACUGCCGUGAGAUAGGGGAUCUAGCGUCUCCGACAUACUAUCUUGGCCUUGGAGUGAUGUCAACUGGUCCAGGAACACGUCUCCUUGUCCUUAUCCCUCAUACGCGUUAG